AUGGCCGAGAGAGGCGGUGAUCAAGAUUUUGCGGCGAGUGUUGACGAGUUGGAGAUUCGAAAAAUGAGGCUCGAGCAGAUGAGAAUCGAGAACGCGAGAAAUGUCGGCUUUUCGGGCAGCGUUGGAAAAAAUUCAAACGAAACGAGCCCGAGUGCUGAAGCUGAGGCGAAAUCGAUUGAAACCGUGGAAGUGGAGACGUUUUCCGGCAAUUUACCCAAUGAUCCUAAUUCUGUUGUGGGCAAAGAGCAAGAGGAAGGGGAAAACCUAUUCGAUUUGCUGCCGAAUGAGCUGGUGACGGCCAUUUUUCGAAAUUGCACUUUCGGGCAACGCCAACUCAAAUGCUCCCUGAUUUGCCGCCGCUUCCACAACAUCAUCGAGCAGAUGACCCCGCGUUUCUUCGAUUGGCUCCCAGAUGAGGUCGUUUUGCGCAUUUUGGAGAGUUUCGGGAUCAGAGAACGGGCGAAUGUGCUUGCAAAGGUUUGCAAGCGUUUUCACGAUUUGGUGACUCAAGUUGGAGAGGGAAUGAGCGACGUCUAUGUGCUCAAUGUUUUCGAGGAGCACAUCUGGGACAACUCGGUUUCGAGGAAUAACUCGAAUAAGCAGACAAUUAUCCGUCUACCCGACACCGACUCUCUCCAACAUGUCUUCAAGUAUUUCAAAGCGAUGAGCGCCGCGAAGAUCUGGUACGAGAGCGCCGAUUUCGGGGAAAGGGUGAUUGACAAUCUGAGCGAUUCACAUCUGAAGAUGAGCUGCGUCGAUGUGUACCCGUAUGCACCGGUAGAAGUGCUCGAUUACCUCGAGGAGAAGAUCCCGCAGCUUGAAGCUAUCACAAUGCGGCCACACGGACCAACGCUGUGGAAUGGAGUCCCGAUGACACAGAUGCCCCAAUUUCAACACUUGAGAACCUUGAUCAUCGAUGGAUUUGAAAUCGACAGUUCGAUCAAAUUCCCGCCGAAUGUCACCACUUUUGACUACUCGUUUCGGAGCAACAACGGCGAAACCCCGCCGUGGAUGCUCGUCAUGCCGAAGUUGGCUCAUAUGCCCCUCCUCGAGUUCAUCAGUCUCUCUCACGUGCGCAUCAACACUGUCCACGAUUUCGUCGCUUUCAUCCAGUUCCUCGGGCCCGAUUUCCUGCCGCAUCUAAAAUUCUUGGUACUGAAAUUCUGCAAAUUCCCGAGUUUUGGCAACAAACAUUGGGCCGAUGGGCAAACCGAGAGGAAUCGUCACCGAAGGCUGCUUGCGAGAGAAAGACAACAAGAAGAAGAAGAGGAAGAAAUCGUGCCGCAAGUGUUGACAGACGAUUUUAUUCCACCAGUUCUGCCGGAUCUCGAGCAGUACACAACCACUCGGCCAUUCGGUCUUCAAUGGUUAAAAAUCGAGUUGUGCGAUGGAAGUCUCGCCGAAUUGUUGUCCGUCUUCACCAGUAUUUGCCACAAUCUCACCAUGGUCCUGCUGAGCGUCAUCGCCGAUCUGGAAUACUUACGAGACAUCAAUACAGUGGCGCCAAUUCUCGAGCAACGCCGCAUCUGGACUCACCUUAGUUUUCUCACCAAGGCCCCAAUCGAUUACCCGAUCAGCCGAUCACCAUUCCGGAAGAUUCUCCCGUCGCCUUCGCUUUUCGGAAUCACCACGAAACUGGAGGCCUCAUUUGCUGACGAUCCACAUUUCUUCAAGACCUACUUGCUUGGCGGGAAAUGGCAUCGGGUGCAUGAGGUGAAGCUCAUCUCUUGCCCGGCAGCCAGCAACGAAUUUAUCGAGCACAUUUCGGAGAAUGCGAAAUUCUUGCGCAAACUGACGGUGAUCCGGUGUCGGAAUGUUGAUGAGGACGGAAUGGGGCAUUUCGUGGAGAAUAUCCAGAAUCGACAGAGGGAUUUGACGAUCACUUGGAAACGAGACAAACUUCGCUCGCGACCCUCCGGCUUUUAUCUGCACAUGUGCACGAAUCGCGAGAAAUUAGAAGGGAAAACGAUGAGAUUCAAGACAAAGACUUUCCCGGAAGGAGAUGGCGAAGAGGUGGUCGUGAUCGGUCGAGAAAGCAACAUAGUCAUCUCGUUGAGGGACUGGGACGAGAACGACGCGGGCCGACUGGUGAGCAUCUGUGUGCGGACGCCAUUCAGCGAACGCCGAAAGGAGGAGCUCCGCCUCAAAGCCGAGCAAGAAAAGCGAGAAGCAGAGGAGAAGAAAGCAUUGAUGGAGUUGAGGGAAGAGUUGACGAAAGAACCACCGAGCUACACACCCCCGCCACCACCCGAGAACGAGAUCGUGCAAAGAACAGGCUCACCAAGCACGGAAACAAAUGCUCAUAAUGAACAGGCCAGCGAAUUGGAAGGCACAGGAGCCAUAGGGACCGAACCGGGGAGCAUGGCUGUCGAAGUGUCCUCUCAAGAACAGCAACCGGUCGAUUCCCAGCUCAAGCAGUCAAGCUCGAUCCUUGGCUCGAAUGCUGAGGAUUUAGCUACAGAACCUGCGCUCCAGAUCGACGAUCAAAACCAAGAGAUUGGCGAAAAUCCACCGGAGGAGUCAGAAAUCGACGCCGAGUCGUCGGAGCCAAAUUCGGCGAAACUCGAAAACCUUGAAACCAUUGUUUUCCAU